AUGGAGGCGGAUACAACACCAGAGAUCCUGCGCGUGAGUGAACAACGUGUUCAGAAGGUUCUGUCUCGCCUUAACCCUGGGAAAGCGUGUGGGCCUGAUAGAAUUCCCAAUUGGCUAAUGAAGAAAUAUUCAGAUGCAGUGGCUUUCCCAGUGACGGAAAUCCUUAAUGCCUCCUACUCCGAGCAGCAUUUACCAAGAAUGUGGAAGUUGGCUGACGUGACACCCCUACCCAAAAAGAAAUCAGUCGCAGAAGGGUUUAUUGUGGACGACUACGUCAAACCAGCAGUUAUGAGUAUCAUUGAUGACAGCCAAUACGGGGCAAUACCAAAUUCCUCCACGACUAUGGCCUUGAUUAGCAUGUUACAUAAUUGGUCUAUUAACACUGAUGGAAAUGGUGUUACCGUAAGAACAAUCUUAUUUGAUUAUCAAAAGGCCUUUGACUUUAUCGACCAUGAAAUUCUCAUUAGAAGAUUGCGCACUAAGUGUAAAUUGCCAGUUAGUAUUACUAAUUGGAUAGUUGGUUUUCUUUCUGAUAGAUUACAAAGAAUUAAGCUGGCUGCGGAGUGCUUUUCGGAGUGGGGAUCUGUGCCCUCCGGUGUACCACAGGGCACAAAAUGGGGCCCAUGGUUAUUUGUGCUUAUGAUAAAUGACCUUGAAAUCGCGUAUCCACUAUGGAAAUACGUUGAUGAUACAACAGCCUCGGAGAUGGUACCAAAAGAGAGUGAAAGUCACGUCCAAAAUAUAGCAGAUUGUGUUAUUGAGUGGUCACGAGAAAAUAGUGUUCACUUGAACUCUGAUAAGUACAAAGAGCCUCGGAUCUCAUUUUCUAAAAGGCCCGGGUUCUUUGAUCCCAUAGUAAUUGAAGGCAAAGAGUUGGAGGUAGUUGAUAGCGUAAAACUCCUGGGCCUCCAUAUAGCUAGCGAUUUGACCUGGAACAGUCAUAUAUCAGAAGUAAUCAUAAAGGCCAGUAAGAGGUUGUAUUUGUACGACUAA